UUUCGCCGACGGGAUGUGUUAACCGGUGAAAUGAAAACUGAAACGUUUCGUCCAAUUGUUUUUGGCAAAACCUGUGUGGUGGUGAAACCGUUUGACCGCAAUCUCAUCAUCAGGACGAGAUCGCACACGAGAGCACGUGCACGUACCGCAUUUUGUUUCGCUACAUCUCUCAUCCACAAGAGUCCCUCCUCUCGUUGUUCAAACAGCCGCUGACUGUUGGAAGUCACCAUGUCAUCAAUCGCUGCUCUCAAGGCACAGAUAGAGGCCUUGGAGCUUCAAGUCCUCAAGGAGAGCGAAGAGAAACAAGUGUUGCAGACCCAGCUCACUAUUGAACAGGCUGAGAAGAAGGAGCGAGUUCUUUUGGCUCGCGGGGAAUAUUUCACACAGCUACGGGAUGUUCUUGGCACAGAGCGAGUUGAUUUCACUGGUGGAUUCCGUGCUAUUUGCAGUCGUGUGCAUGGUGGGGGUGCUAGGCGCUGGCGUGAAAAGAGACUUCCAGAGUACACAACUCUUGAAUUGGAGCUGUUGGCAAAAGUUGCAGACGUGAAUGUAACUGCUGAUAACUUCUCGUAUACGUCGAAGUCCGCUUCGGAUAGGGAAAGCAUCGCGGAGAAGGGAGGCCAUAGCAAACUGAGCAAAGAAGAAAAGGACGUGAUUCAGAACAAAAGGAAAAACAAGCUUCUCAGAGCACAGAGCAGCAGCGGGUUGAGUCGUUCCAGUAAAUCUGGAAGCGAGGCUGCUACGGACCCAGGCGUCAAAAUGAUUGAUAUCGGAACCGUAACAAAUGCAGCUCACCUCCUUGCUGGAAAUAACUCUUGUUCGCCUACUAUGGGAAUAUUUGUCCAGGCAAUAAUCGGUUGUGACCUUGAAGCAAAAACAAACGAGCAAAUUAGGGCCGCUGCAGUUUUGGUUGCCAGGGGUGGUGACACUAGAAGACUUGGAGAUCUUGUGGCUAAGCAGAAAAAGGUUUUACAAAACCUGGCCUACCAUCAGCGACACUACAAAGGAUUUUGUAAUAUUGCGAAUAACUUAAUCCAGGUACCAAAAGGAGGCCAUGAAAAAUUCUUCGAUAUCGACUGCGACUGGGUCAUCGCGCCUAUUAUGCCUUUUUCUGACAUUAUCGGCUGGAAUCCUGAAACAGUUCAGUGGAGACCUCCGGAAGAGAGAGGGUACUGGGUCAUGUUCAUCGCAGGGACCUUUACAAAGAUUGACACCGGGGCUUACAUUAACUUUUUAAAUGCAAGCACAAGUGAAAAGGAGGGUGAGCAAGUUUACACUCCAGGAGAGCGAGAACGGUGUAGCAGACCCGACGUCGAACAGGGGAUUGCAAACCUCUCCGCCUUCAUCAAAGCUUUUGCGGAUUUAGCGACAGGCCGGAAAGCAAACCGGGAAGACGCUGCGAAGUUGACCCCUUUCGACCUGAUCGACGACAAUGCGCGGCCCCCUAAUCUGGAUCAAGUGACGGCCGCGCGGGACAAGUUAGCGAUGGACUGGCUGGUCACCGUUCCCACUCUAAAGGCGUUCGACCAAGAAAAGACGCAAGUCUUGAAGGUUUUUCUUCGCCAUGAGAAUCCGCAUCUCUUACCCGAACCAAUGGCAGUUGCAGGCAAGGGAGCACUCAAUUUUAUGGAAAUGAUCGGAGAAAAACCUGUGCCGGCUUGCGGUGAAUCGAGCAUUGUGGAGUAUAGCGAGUCGAGCGCAGACCAGGAGAGCGAUGCAUCAUCCAUUGAUCAGAUUUCGAUUCAAACGCCUUCUAAGCAAACCGGUAUCCCUGAUUGCAUUACGAUCGUGACACCGUCGCCGAACCAAAGGAAAGGCGACGAAAGGGUGCAAUCAACUGAGCUUUCAAUGGGGUAUUGAAUGCUUUGCUAGUCGGACAAGCUUGUAGCGGUAAAUUUAUCAACAAGUGCUGUAUGGUACCUAAGCUAGCUAGCGAAACCUAAACCAUAAACUCAGUGUGACAAAUGGCGUGGCAAGAACACUUUCAGAUACUGGUUGGCUAGCUGCUCGAGGGAUG